CGACGACCUGUACACGUCUGUGUGCUGCUUCGGCCCGAGCCAUGUGGCGAGAUAGCUCCACUGUUCUGUGAAUUGUGUACGAUCGUACACCUCAGUCCAGCAUCGCUUCUGAUCCCCGCCAAUCAGGCGCCUGGCCUUUUUGUGCUACUAUUUUGGCCCUACACUCGAAUUUGUCGCUCUUUCGAUCUGCACAGCCGAAUCGAUCGAUUCCAAACGCCAAGUCGGUCCUCGCUUGAAGUCUCUCGCCUCGCCUGUCCUGCCUCACUCACGCGCCCAAUGGGAUGCAUGAAAGCCCGAUUUUCUCCUUCAGCCAGUCUCCAUUCUCCCUCCUUCCCUACUUGGGGCCUGUUUCACUCUGCCCAUCUUUCGCCUUGUGCCUAUGGAGCAAUAGCGGAUCGUCUCUCCAAGACUUCCUACAAGUUCUGUGGUUUCGUUCGACUGAAGUCUUUCAGGAGCUGUCCUACUCCCUUGGGCCGCCUUGCUCAUUCUUUGAUUCCUGUCUUUGCCCCUCCGGCACUAUUUCUUCCCAACUGCUACGCCUCCCGAAAAGAGGGUCCGCAACCCUCGUUCUCUGACAUUCAUGUCUUCAGCCGGCCGUUCCAUGCUCCGUCCACGGGUUGUGCGGACAUUACAAUGAAUCAUCCCUUCCCGCAGGCCAACGACUUUUUCCUCUUCAUACCCAGGCCUGCUCGUCCAACGAGACGCUCCAUAGCCCUCCAACUGGGUCAGAAGGCGAGUUCUCCGUUCGGCCAUCCGGCCACCCUCUCUGAUGACCCACACCCCUCGCCCCAACCUCAUCAUCCUUCCAUUCUGUCUGGUGGCUCUUCCGUCUCUUCAACUGGCUCUCGUGGGCUGUCUGCUGCCGCUGCUUCUUCCUCAUCAAUUGGCUCCAAUACCUGGACGGGCCCAGCUAAUCUCGGACUAUCUACACUUGCUUUGACAGCCUCCGUGCAGCCGCUCAUCUUGGCCCCUCACGGAACUGGCUCCACACGCCUUCCCUCCGUCCGCAGCUUGUCGAGACGUCGUGCAACCGCUCAUCCUUCAGCAGCCUCUCUUUGGCCACCUCUUUUUUCUACCUCGAACUCUAAUCCACACUUCUCACAAUCUAUCCUCGAGAAUACUGAUUCUGUAGGAGUUCAUAUCGACUCAACUAGACCACCGGACCCGCUGAUAGGCUCCUCACCUGCCCGCAGUACUCCGCCUAAGCUAAUCUAUCCCACCUGCAAUGAUGGCAUUCAGACGAGCCGGAAGUCAAGUCAGCCUGUAGACAUCUCCUCUACCAUUGAACAAUGCCACUUUCCUCCAGCAUCCAACAGCACUGAUUUCGACGACGGAUCAAACCAAGCAUCAGUACCCACCUCAACUUCCUCGACCACUGGCUCUUCUGUCACAUCCUCGGCUUUCACCGUUACAGGCAUCACCUGCAAUACCGAGGCCCACAACAACAAUUUAACCUUAUCUUCCAGCUUCACCCCGAAAGUUCUUGCCAUCUCACCUAUCUCUAGUCUUCCUAGUAAACCAGAGGAUGCUUGUUCUGGUGAUGCCAAUCAAGUCGUCCUUACACUGCCGUCGCACUCUUCCCCUAUAGGUCUUUAUCAUCUCUCACCAGCACUUAAAUCAGGCGACACUCGGAAGCCAAUAUCUGGCGACUACUUGCCUACGAAUAGUGGCAAUACUAGUCCGGUCAGCAUCGUCGGAAGUUGUACUAGUCCCAGUAUUUCGCUCAGCCAGACUCAUUUUGUAUCAUCUGCUUCCAUCACCAGCACAACCUCUUCUUCUUCUCUACAUUCUGUGGAUUCUUUCAACUCUGCCAAUAUUGCUCCACUUGAGCCGACCUCUUCACAAGCAUCGACAGUCGAAGCUCUACCAUAUUCUAGGAAUUUUAAGCAAGAAAACCUAGUUAUCUGGUCACCAUCAUUCGAUUUUGAAACACCACCUCUAUCCUACCUUAAACCUUGUAUUUCUCCCAUCGAGGCCAACAUUAGUGGACUUUCAGCUGCUGCAAUGGCGACCCGACCGCCCCCAGCACCCAUGACCAUAACUGGGUCUAGUACGACAUCAUCUUCCGCAGCCACAAUAUCGACGCCAACGUUCAGUAAACCAGGAAUCAUUAACUUCUCAAACGAACUAUUCCGUGGCGGCCGACUUGGCUCGGUUGCCAGCCGCGAAUCGUCUUAUUCACCACCGGCCGAUAGAUCAAAUCCUGUGCACGCCAGGCGAACCGUUACUGCCGGUUCUGCAAAGGCGGCAGGAGCAGGUUCCGUCAACUCUGGAGUACUAAAUAAUGCAAUGGGGACAGAUACGGUAGCAUCUGGAGAGCACGCUGCUCUCGAAAAUGCGGUGCUUUUUCGAAAACUGGAGUCAGCGGCCCAGGCCCGAGGAGACCUAAAGAAGCUCGAUAACCAUCAAAUGCCUCUUAAUGGGAAACAUACGGAUUCACAUAAUUUCUCAUUUGAUUCAGACGAGAACACAGAAUCAAGCGACAAUUCGGAGGGGCAUGAAGAAGGAGAGGUUAGGAAUAAGGACGAAAAAGUUCCUGGUUCCAAAAGCGUUAGCCAAACUGGCAAAACUGGUGGCCAUAAUGAUGAAUCCGGUUUCCUCUUGCUUGCCACUUCAAGUACGUUUUUGCCUAGCUUCAAUAUGACUCAAGGCGCUGUUGCCGCCUCUUCCCUCGAACCGAACACCACAACUUCCUCUCAAUCUCAUUCAGUGAAUUCUCCACUCAACUAUUUGAUGCGAUUCUUCGCUUCAGGUGGCCGAGUCAUCCAGCUAAAACCAAUACCACCUGACUAUCCUCAUCGUCAAAGGCGACGGAGAGGAUUCCAACCUGGCGGUGUUCAGCUUGUUGAUGUUGGCGUACAAGCUUCCACUUUGACGGGCUCUGGAGAUGUCGGCUGUUGUAUUCAUUGCUCUCUAAGACCGUUCCACCAACAGCCGUCUGCAUCUCUUUCUUCUGCUACAGCUAGUCUGACGUCCGAUGCGACGAGCGCAAUCAGGGAUCGGCAAGCAUUGAGCCAAUUAACGAAGGUUUCAGCCCCAAUUACUGCUCAAAUCAUCACCAAAUUGCCUCUAUUUGUUCCUCUCAUACACGUGGCGCCCAGCCUGAUUCCGUUAAGCAGAGGCGUGCCUCUUCGCCGACCCCGUUUAGGUAACCAGUCCUCCUUCACUGGCCAGACUGCAGGCAGUUGUGCGGCGUCCACUGUCGGAGUUCAGGGAUCUGGAGCCAACAGAUUUGCUUGGCCAGUUGACGGAGAGAUUGUAGACUGCGUCGAGACUCUGCCUGAUAGUCCUACUGGGGUGCAUGCGGUCGCUUCCUCGUUGUUCUGCCUCUUGGCUACGGAAAUUGGUAUUAGCAGCUCUAUUACUGCUUGUGCAGCCGCAUCUGCCGGUUCUGGGCGCGCUGAAUUUGAAUUUUACGAGGCAGCCUGUGUCGCAGCGCUCGUGAUUUGUGGUCCUAUUCCGCCACCAACUCUUAGACCUUCGGCGGCUUUGCCACGGCGUUCUGGGCAGCAAGUUGUUAGCACAGUCGUACAAGUUACCAGCUCUAGUGGUGCAGAUGGUACAAAACUGCUCAGGGCGGGAAGUGGGUGUGAGAUAGAGACGAAAGAAUUCAAGAGAACUGUGGAUGAGGAUGAGGAGGCUAGAGACAAUGAUGACGACGAGGACUCGACCGUGAAUGCUAGUCGCCGUCUUCGACGUCAGUUGAGACGAACACAAAAAACACAAGAGAUAAGCGCUGCCGCGGUUCAUGAGGCGAUCAAGUACAAUCAACAACAAGUGCAGCAUCAAAAGAUGUUGGAGCAACAAAAAUUAAAGCCAACCUCUUCAGCCUCUUCGUCUUCUGCCUCCCCAACUUCAUCAUCAACUUCGUCCGCUUCGUCGCCGUUACCUUCACCAAUUAAAGAACCAGCUUCAGUUCAGUCUCAGCAGAUGGAUAAGGAAAACUCGAAAUCUGGUCACCCACCCUCGACAACUGCAACAAGAGCUAAUGCAGCAGCCACAAUUGAAAUCGGAGCAAAGAAUGUUAUCAGCUCGGCAUUGAAUAGUAUUGCUGGAGCACCUCAUCCAACCUCACCGCAACAGUUACCGCCGUCAACAACCCCAACACUGCUACAACAACAGUAUUCGUCAGAUCUGAAAUCACAGAUGGCACAGACAGCAUCCGCGGCAGCUGCAACACCGACAAAUCGGCUUGCGGAGGCCAGGCAACGUGCGAAACGCUAUAUUGAGCUGCGGAAGUUGAGUAUGCAGGAGAAUAGCUCCGGAGCGACUUUGAUCGGACAAGAGGUAAUCACCAUCUCUAAGGGCACCUUCUCCUCAAGCCCUGCUUCGUGCAUUCCUCUCGUCCAGCUGAACUUAUCUCUUCACUUUCUCCCACGUCGGGCUUUUUAUUGA